AUGAUGCAGUAUUUCGUGCCAAUAAUGGUUACAUUAGCAAUAGCUAAUGCAGCAACUUCUGAUACAAAUUCACGACUUGAUAUUACAAUUUUUCCAUCUGAUGAUACAGCACUACCAUCUGACUCUAGAUUUGUUAUGAAACUACUCAACAACCAUCGCCGUACUUUAACAAAAAUUGGUACCAGAGGAGAGUUGCAUUCCGAGCAAUUAUCGAAGGCUUUUCAAUUAAAACAUUCUGAUAAAACGAGAUUACGUCCUACUGAUUUUGUUCCAGUUGAUAUUGUUGGAAACAGAAACAAUAAAGUGUUAUUUACAAAUGAUAAAGAAAACAAAAUUAAAUUAAAUGGCGAUAAACAAGUUCAAGUUGAUCUUAAAUCCAAAUCAAGUUCUGCGUACAAAACAGUUGAAAUCAACCCUGAUCUUCAGCCGAAAAAUAUUACUUAUGGGCACUUGCUACCUUUGAACACAUUGUGGCUGGCUGAAAUUGAACGAGAACAUUUUUUCACACACUUAUUAACACGGUUUAAUGAUGAUGCGAAAUAUGGAAAAAAAUCUCAUUAUAAACUCCAAUAUACACGAAAAAAUGGUCCGUAUAACUCCAAAUCAUCCAAUCCCAUUUUACAAGCAUUUAUGAAUGCAUAUAAUAAUCAUGAAGACUUAAUUCUAUCACCGGAUGAUAUAUGGUUAUUGAUUACCAUUAAUUAUGCAAAAUAUGUUAAUAGUAAUUCUGAACUACUUCGACAUUUUUUUGUUGAGCAUGAAGGCAAAAAAACGUUGACAGUGAUAGAAGACGUGUGUAAAGAUGAAAAUGAUUGGACAGAUUUUUUUGGUAACAUGAAGAAAGAAAUCGAAAAAGGAGUUAAAAAUAGCAGUAUUGUGAACACAUUGAUAUCAAAUUAUUCAACAACAACUCAAGUUGAAUCCAUUUUAUCUUUUGCCACAAUUAUGGAUACAUUUAAAAAUUAUUUUGAUUAUGGCAGAUUUAUACCGACAUGUGGUAUACGUCAGAUACAUUUUAUGGGUACCAUUGGUGAUUGGUAUCUGUUGAAAAGGAAAACAGAACAAAUACGAUCAUAUACUACAGUUAAUGAUAGUUUCUAUUUGUAUAUUGAGAAUUUGUUACCUAUUCUUGAAGAGUUUAUUCAAACAUAUCAGAAUAAUGUCAAUAUAUCAUUUUGGAACAUAGUGAUGAAUACAAGAAGGAUUAGAGCUGAUUACAUGUGCACCUCGGGUGAAGAGACACGAAUCAGUGGGUGGAUAUUGAAAUUAUUCUAUGAUGUGGAUAAAAAUGAUGAAGUAUUAGAAAAUAUUAAAUUAAACUCAAUUAAAGCUCCUGUUUUAGUCGAAAAUCGUUGUACAUGUCAGAAGAAAACAUGUUACGUUAUGGGAGGAUUUCACGGUGUCUAUUCAGAUGGACAUACACAUAAGCCAGUGAUGAGUUUACAAGUAAUUGAAGAUUUAUCAACAGUUGUGCAGAUAUGUUAG